GGGGAGUUGAUGGCAGCACCACAGUGCGGCCGCCCGGCCGAGCGCACCGCGCAGCCACCCGCCGCUGCCCUCCGAGCGGCCGAUAUGUGGGGGGACUGGGGUGGGAGCGGCCGGAGCAGCGCCAGGGACCCCGGCGCGCAGCAGCCUGGGCUCGCUCGCCUGUCCUGACCUGACUCGCUAGUUCCCCCCACCGAAGAAUGUCAGCCAAGUCCAAGGGGAACCCCUCCUCGUCCUCUGCAGCCGAGGGACCUCCGGCAGCCUCCAAAACCAAGGUGAAGGAGCAGAUCAAGAUCAUAGUGGAGGAUCUGGAAUUAGUCCUGGGCGACCUGAAGGACGUGGCCAAAGAACUUAAGGAGGUGGUUGACCAGAUUGAUACCCUGACUUCUGACCUGCAGCUGGAGGAUGAGAUGACUGACAGCUCCAAGACAGACACGCUGAACAGCAGCUCCAGCGGCACAACGGCGUCCAGCAUAGAGAAGAUCAAAGUGCAGGCCAAUGCCCCCCUCAUUAAACCUCCAGCACACCCAUCUGCUAUCCUCACGGUUCUGAGAAAGCCAAAUCCUCCACCACCUCCUCCAAGGCUGACACCUGUGAGGUGUGAAGAGCCUCCGAGAGCGGCGCCGCCGACUGUCAAUCCUGUAAAGACCAACGGCACCCUCCUACGGAAUGGAGGCUUACCGGGUAGACCCAACAAAAUUCCAAAUGGAGACAUCUGUUGCAUACCCAAUAGUAACUUGGACAAGGCCCCAGUGCAGUCUCUGAUGCCCAGACCUGAAAAGGACAGGAGUCCCCAAGUAGGGCCUCCUCGGGAACGAGUACGGUUCAAUGAAAAGGUACAAUACCAUGGCUAUUGUCCUGACUGUGAGACCCGGUAUAACGCAAAGAAUAGGGAGGUCCAAAUGCACAGUGAACCAGUCCAUCCGCCUGGAAAGAUCCCUCACCAAGGCCCUCCCUUCCCUCCUCCACCUCAUCUCCCCACUUUCCCAUUAGAAAAUGGGGGACUGGGAAUAAGCCACAGUAACAGCUUCCCCCCUCCCACACCUGCAGCUGUGCCUCCUCCCACUGCACCAAAACCACAGAAGACUAUCUUGAGAAAAUCCACCACUACCACAGUGUGAUGUCUGCCAUUUAAGAAAACGUUUUGUUUGUUUUUAAUUUUCUAUAUGAUAAACAUAAAAUGAUAAGUAAUGAGCACUUUCUACUCAAGCAAUAAAAAGCCCAAAUAUAUUAAUCUGCAUUCGACAAAGUGGCAUAAAAAUCACCUGGUAAGUAUGCAGAGUGAUGCUUCUGUCCUGGAUGUACAUUGUUUUACAUGUUCCUUCAUCAGAAACUGCCAAAUAAUGAGAAAGUAUGAAUGCAUUUUAUUUUUUGCAAUUGACCUAUGACAAACUGUGACCUUCAGAUUCCAAGUAUUUUGAUUUAUUAUAAGGGAUGGGAUAUCAAAUAUUUUGAUUUGUUGAUAAAGCCAGGGCAAUUCAUUUCAUUCAUGCCUAACUCAUCUAUGCAUUGAUGAUGUCAUAAUUCUCCCUUUGAUCUAAUGUUUUUUAAUAAGAAUUUUAAUACCGAAGGACUAUUUUAUUAUUUUUCUAAAGAUGUUUGUCAAUAAUUUUGCAUCAUGAAAUGCUGAGGACAAUAUCAAAAAGUUUAUUUUCUAUACUAUACAAUUAUGAAUCAUGUGUUCAAAUAUAUGUGUAAUAAAAUAUUUUAAGCUUUGGAAACAUGUCAAUAAAUAAUGGUAAAUAAUGAGAAGGCCUAAUGUUCCUGAGGAUUAAAAUGAAGUAGGGGUUCCUUUAACCCCAUGUUAUCAUUCACUGAAAUGGGAAGCAAGUCCCAAGAGUUUGGACAAGAUGACAUUGUAUAUCAGAAUUUCUAGACUAACUAUCAUAACUCAUUUGGUAAGUACAUCCUUCCAACAGUUUCAUAUUCUACACCUCCAUUAUGGUACUUCUAGAACCAUCUGCCGAAAGCCUUGGAUGUUGUCAAGCCGUUUUUCAGAACACAUUGUAGAUAAGAACAUUGAAAGUUUGGAAUUGUUGCCUUCAGCCCAUCUGAGGUAGCUCAAUGUUCCUGAAAAGAAGACACACUUUUAUAGGAGGGACUGUGGAGGUGUCUCUGGUCACAGAGUGUGUCCAGCAAUGGCCUUUCCCCCUUUCUCUUCUGAGUUAAGGAUGUCAGGGGUUUUUAAUGUCCCGUAUAAGAAUAUUUUCCUUCUACCAUCAAACACAAGUCUUUCUCCUCGGUAGUAUUUGCCAACUCAAGAAACUUACAAACUAAAGGGUCAGUCAGUUCCCAGCUGCACUGAUUUGGAGUGAUGUGAUGCUUUGCUUUGGAGCUAAAACUUAGUUAUCUCCCCUAAAAUCAUUGUGAGGGAAUGUGCCAAGGUGGUGGGGGAAGGUCUUUAAGAGGUAACAGUGCCAAGCAACAUGUUGAUGGGAAUUAUUAUAUUGUGUGAUCUGGAAAGUCUAGUGACCUUUUAAAAUAUUUGCCUUUUAAUUUUAAAACUUUAACUUUUGCUGCUACAGGGAGGCAGCUUUAUAAUUUAGAAUACCCCUUUAAAGAGAUUUCUAUUGAAAUAUGACAAUGUAUUUUUGGGAAGAAUAUAGAAAGAAAAUAGCCUUUAUUAUCGAAAUGAAUAAAUGAAUGAAUGAAUGAACAAAAUAAAUGAGGAACAGAUAAUGUCCUGUUACAAAUUUGAUAGAAUGCUAUUUUAUCUUUUUGUGUUGUACAUGAGGGUGAUGUAAGCUUAAUAAUCCAAUAUUUCAGAAAAGAUAUGAAACAAAAAUGAAGAAAGACAAUGAGCUGAUAUUUAUUAACUGUAUGA